GUUGUAGAUCAUUGUGGGACGAUCUCAGUGAAUGAAGAUGUACAACACUUUGAAGGGAAAUGGUUGAAAAGAAGAGGUCCAUGACUGUAAUUGCUUUUCCAGCAAACUUGAAGGUUCAACUAGUCGCUCUACAUCAGUCAUGGGUAAUCCACAGCCUGUGAGACUUUCAGAAUGAUGAUGUCAGUACUCCAGAAGGAGUUCAACAAGAGUGUUGUCCGACUCAGAAAUUGUAUGCCCGAGAAGUUUUUCUCAUUAUGUUUAAUGCACUUAUCUGUUGUGCUUGACUUAAAUGACAGUGGUUUGGAGGAAAUACUGUCUGACAACAAACCAAAAAAGCCUCUUACUCCACUCCGGAAAAAGAAAAAUGAAAGUAAAAGUGGUCUGUUUGGUAGUCAGUUAACUGGAGAGAGCAUUGCUUCAAUAUUUCGUUUGAUUGAAUUUUUAAAACAUCAAGAAAAUAUUGAAUGUGAAGGUUUAUUCCGUAAGACAGGCAGUAAUAACCGACAAAGUGUUUUGAGAAGCAUGCUUAUUCAAAAUAAUGAAUUAAAUCUAGAAAGUGGGAAAUUCUCACCUCAUGAUUGUGCUUCUGUUUUGAAAACUUUUUUGAAAGAACUUCCUGAAUGUCUUAUGAUGGACAAAUUUUCUAAAGCGCAUAUCCAAUUGACAGAAAUGGCACGUCACUGUAAGCUGGAAAAUAACAAGAAGCAAGCGAAAGUACUAAAAGCCAUCCAACUGCUCAUACUUCUGCUCCCUAAAGAGAACACUUUACUACUUGAAUGUUUGCUUGAUCUCCUCUCUAAAGUUGUAACCGAGAAAAAAAAUCGAAUGACAACCAAAUCUCUUGGCACUAUAUUUGCACCCCAUUUCCUCUGCCCAAGAAAUCUCUCACCUUCAGAAUUCCAUGUGGCAGCAGAAAACUUUUCUGAACUUACAACUUUCAUCAUUGAGCAAGCUGGUGAUGUAUUUAAGAUACCUAAGGAUUUAGCCAAAGAUGUAAACCAAUUCUGGAUGGAUAUGGAGAAUCCAAACAAAUCACCAGAAAACUUUUUUGAUAUUACUGAAAGCACACAUCCUCUGACUUCUCGGAAGGCAACAAGUGAUGAUGCAGUGAACACUUGUGUGAAUUUUGCUGACCGCAAUUUAGGCAGUGAAGAUGUAACGCAGACUGAGAUGGCAAAACUAUACAACCACAUUCAAUCAAUGCCGAACACUGCCAAGAAAAGGAAGUUGUUAAAGCAGUUCGCCAAAGCUAACCAUACAAAUUUAGAUUCAGUUUCUCGCUCAAGCAAAGAGAAUCUCAGUAUCUAUCAACGGGUCAGUCAAUCAAUCAGGUCAACAGGGCGUCAAACCCGGAGUCGGACUUUUGGUUUAGGUGAAAGCAUCAUGAGACAUUUGCCUCGAAUGAGAAACAGACAGAGAGAUGGGGAAUCCUAUUUCUAUGGCUCCAACUCAGUUUUCAAGUAUAACAAAGGGAAAAAUAAAGAGACCACCCCUUUUGCAUGGAGUUCAGUUGUUAAUAAUUUAAGACGUGAAGAGGUGGCCUCAUGUUGCUUGAAUUCAACUUACAAGCCAACGUUUACUGACUACAGUACAAAGAAUACAACAGAAUCUUCUUGUCAAACACUGGAUGACACAUUAAUUCCUGAACCACCAAGCUCUCUACUGAAAAAGAAGCUUGAUUUUGACACUGUCUUACACAGUGAGACUGGGAGUCCACUUGUUCAUGUGGUAGACCUCCAUGAAUCAUCGGUCACUGUGAAGAAUACUAGGAAGCGGAAGAGUGAUGAAUCUGAAGAAAAUAAAGAUAAAAUCACAGAAACAGUUCCAUCCAUUGAGAAUGAGAUUAGCUACUUGGCUAAUGAUAUCAAAAAGUUAAGAACAAAAUCAUCGACACCACAGUGUGGAAUAGAAGAGCUUGCUUUUUACACUCCUAUGACAUCAUUUCGAAAAAACCACUACAGAACUGCUUGCAAACUUCCCCGUCGACCAAUGGGUAUUUGCAAUACACCAGUGACUGAGAGCUGUGUCUGAACAUUUACUUUCACCUAAAAUAAUCGAUGUACUGUACCUUAUGAAAUGAGGUAGUUUUCUUCUACCUUGCUCAAAUCACAAACAUGACAACACCACCACUUAUUUCUCCUGGCUGAUUCUGCAAUUGCUGUUAGCUGAAAUGUCUAAUGACAGUUUGCCUUCUUCCACAUUUCCACAGCCUUUUCUUUCUAUUCGAACAAUAUCUUAAUUUGCAUUGUGUGAUAUAAUUUCUUUUUUUUCUUUUUUUUUAUUUUUUUUUUACAUAUAUAUGUAUAAAUGUCUGCAAUCCAUUGCUUCUCUUUCCCAUCUUUCAUCAGUAUAUUCGACCUUACUAUCAGAUCCCCAUUCUCCCAUUCUCUCCUGUUGACUCAAAUUUAUUUAAGUGAUACAUAUGAGUGUAUGUGGGUAUGUGCAUGCAAUUUACACUACUGCGAUGCAAAAUGACAUCCAAAACUGAAUAUAAAAAUGUGAUUUGUAAACUAUACAUAUAUAUAUAUAUAUAUAUAUAUAUAUAUAUAUACUUUAUGUAAAUUUGAAUCUAAAACUGUUUUACAUAAAUCAUAUAUCUCCAUUUUAAAUGUAUCAUAUAACAUACAAUAUCAGUUCAUUUUCUCCAUUUCUAUUAAACAACAUUUUUUUUUUGUUUUUGUUUGUCAUUAAUAAUCCCUCACAGACUUCAGUGUUCAUGUUUUUGCUGUCACUUCCCUUUUCUUUCAUGAGAUUUUGGUUCUUCAGAUGAAUGGUUAAAACCAUUGGGAAUGUUCUGUACUACAGAUAGCACUAUAAUUAUAGAAACAAAAUGUGAAGAGCUCUUGUUGGAGAGUGUAAAAUGUUUACAGAUGUGAGCUGGACUCCUGUAAACCAAAUAUCCAAAAAAUUAUACAUUAAGAAACAACAGGUUAUAUUCAAAGAUAUCUUAUUUGACAGACUAUACAGUGGAGAACUCUUCCUCCACACACACACACAAGGGUCCCAGAAAGUCGACCGGGGUUGGUUGGCGUUAGGAAGGGCAUCCAGCUGUAGAAACUCUGCCAAAUUAGAUUGGAGCCUGGUGUUGCCAUCCGGUUUCCCCAGUCCUCAGUCAAAUCGUCCAACCCAUGCUAGCAUGGAAAGCGGACGUUAAACGAUGAUGAUGAUGAUGAUGGUCAGAGUCUGGGUUAUUGGCAUGUCAUACUGUCAAAAAUCAAGGUGCACUGUAUAAACUUGUACACCUUGUAAGUCGUCAAAUAUUGUAGUUAGUUGCUGAAAUUUGAAUAUGCUUUCUUCUUUGUCAUGUAUUUGUGUGCAAAGAGUUAGCUAUUUUACCUGUUCAUUCCAUGAGACUUGGUGUGUUAGAAUUUCAGUUCCAAAUCUAAGUACAGCUAUAGGGUAAAUAUUCUUUAAUGAUUGCCCUGAAAAUUUUUAAUAUCUACCCUUUGAUAUAAAUCUGUGUUUUCAUCUAUACUAACAAAAGAAAAUAUUAAAGCCUUUAUUUGAAUAAUUAUUCAAAUCCGAGUAUAAGACAUUUUGGCGUAGCUGAUUUGAUGUUUUAAUGUUUCUCUCUCUUUCUCUUUCUCUCUCUCUCUAUCUAUCUAUUUAUUUAUGCAUGUGCAUGUGUUUGCCUCCAUUGCCAAAAAGUACUGUCACCAAAACAGGCUGACUGUCCAGUCAGCCGGGCCAAGCCAGGCCAGAUCAUCAGCGUUCAAAUGGCUGCACCCAGUCAUCUUGUUCCUUUCAAAGAGAUUAUUUCAUCUUUCUAUGAACUAUUUCAAUAAAAACUGUCUCCCAUUUUAGACAGAUUCUUACAAAAUCUCUUACAUUAAGAUGGUGCCAGGACUGAUAAGCUAUGUGACUGUAUGUAUAUGAAACAAACGAAUAUCUGUUCAUUGUUCUUGUUGCAUUUUAUCUUGCAACAAAACUUCCCAAAUAUGUAGCAUCCUUCCUAUGUUCUUCAUUAUUUCAUUUUUAUUUAUCAAGUGUCUAAUUCUUUUUUCUACUUACAAUUUCACAGUCUUCAUGUAUAUAAACAUGAAACAUGAUAAAUUUUUAAAAUCCUUAAUUACUCUCUUAAAGGAUAUUAGUAAUGUAAAUUGAGGGAAAUUUUGAAUUGGUUUCUCUUCUAAUUAAAUAUAAUUAAAGAAACCAUGGUUAUGAAUUGAGAUUAAAUACAUUUCCUCUGCUCUU